AUGGCGGGCUUGGGCGCAGCAGCUACGUUCAAAGAGCGUGAACAGGAGUACGACGCGUGCUUGCGCGAAGAGCAGAAGAAGAAGCAGGAGGCAGCGAGCAUGGAGAUCGAGAUUCAACAACACGUGCAGGACGUCAAGGACACGCAGGAGGAGAUGGCCUCCUUGAAGCGGCAACUGGUGCUCGUCCGCACACGCCUCGACAUCCUCGCUGUCCGCGUCGAGCGCCGAAAGCUUCACCAGCGACACAGAACACCACACAUCAAGGCGAGUCCACCUCCAUGCGAGACUGAGUCCGCCCUGGACCAAGUACAAUUUCCACCAAACAUUGCCCCGCAACUGCUGGAAGACCUACAGGCGUUUAUCCGCCGCCACGGGAACCGAGGUGAAGGCGUCAACAUCGAGCAAGUGGCAAAGCUCAUGGACAAGCGAGAAGAGGCCGAGAGGCUCAAGGAAGAAGUGAAGAAGCUCAAGGAGCAAGUGGAGGCAGACACGGCGCUGCAGCAACGCGUGCAAACACUGAAAUCGCAACUGUGUGAACAAAUUGAAUAA